AUGGCUGCUCAUCAGACAGCUGCUGAAUACUACAAAAGCCUACCAUCACAACCCGCCCUUGCGGAAAAAUUCUGUAACAUCGAUGAUGCUCACAAUUUUCGCCAGUGUCAACAAACCCUUCUAAACAGCGCCACGCGCAACUUCGUUCUCGAUUUCGGUGAUCAAGAUGCAUGGUGUGGAUUCGACUUGCAAAAUGAAGAGUUUGUGUCGUUGAUGAAAGAUCAGAGACCAAAGAUGUUCGGGACAAGGUGGAUCCAUUUGUGGGCGCCAGAGAUGCAGAAAGAGUCCGUCAAAGCUCUUGCAAACCAAUAUGGAUUAUCCUACCGCCUAGUCAAGAUGAUGUGUACAGAUCCGGUAAGGCAAAUGGAAACUGCUGUUGCAGAGCCAAACAUACUUGGAGAGUCAGUACCUACUGAGAGAUCUGAGGAGAAGGCUCAACAAAAUGUCUCAUCUGGAGACCUCGAAGGAGCUUAUCACCUUGGCCAACUGGAUCCUGUGGCUGCAAGUGCUGAAGUGGCUUCCCUUGGCUAUUUAUCAUUCUCCAACAUCAUCAAUCAGAUCUGGCAUUUCUGCUCAGUGGAUUACGGACCUAAAUACACAUGUGUUGGAUACAACUCCCUUUACACAGUCAAGAUCAGCGGCAAAAUUUUGGAAAAUGGAAAGGGCCUACCUGAGGGGAAAAGAUUAUGGUGCUGGAUCAUACUAUGCGAUGACGGAACGGUCAUCUCCAUGCAGGAGAACCCAUAUCCCGGUCCAUACAUGCCUUCUAUUGAAGAAGAAAAAGUCUUAAUAGCCGCUACUCGACGAAAUGUCGUUUCGAUUUUCUCUGGUGCAUCCAAACAACACCCACUGGUCUCUGACAACGAGUCACUGGUCUCUGUACGUGUUCGGCACUUUUCCAGUAUCGAGCCUGACGAUGCUAGCAUCAAGCAGGAAGACGGUCCUGGACUGAUACUGUACUACAUGUUCGAUGACUGGGUAUCGAGUUAUCGUCUGGUGGCUCGCAGAGAACACAGGUAUGGAGCAUUGCUGGAUGAAUUGAGGCAAAACAUGUUGACAAAGCCUAACGUUGACUUGGUGGAUGAUCUGCAUUGGCUUGGACGACGUCUUGCAAUCUUGAAGCACCUCUAUCAGAGCUACGAGUUAGUCAUCACACGCAUUCUGCAACGUCAGCGUGUCUUGCGUGAUGAAGCCGCCCAAAUCCGGCGCGAAAACCGUCGCAAUACGAACGUGUCCAAUGAUCUAGAAUUUCCUGAUCCGGCGCAUACGUCCUUUAGCAUGGCAGAUGUUUCUAGACCUUAUGACUAUACUGCAGGAGUGCAACUUACUUCAGCUGCAGUUGGCCGCUUUGAGCGCUUAGCAGACCGUAUCAGACUAUACUGUUUGAGUGAGAUUGAGACAUGCUUGACAGAGAAAGAAACGCUAACAUUCAUGAAUUUCAACUUGAUCGCCCUAAAGGACUCUCAAGCAGUGGAAAAACUGACCCGUAUUACAAUUUUACUGGCAAAAGCAACGAUUAUGUUUCUUCCUGUCAGUCUGAUGUCCCAAUACUUUAGCAUUCAAAUUCCAGAUAUUGGAGGCCCUCUAUCUUUGCGUGCUUACUGGAUCUCAUUUGCUGUGUUAAUGGUCCUAUCGAUCAGCAUUUUGACCCUAUUUGGCUAUCUUAGUGACACAGUCGAAGGAAAGACUAUCUAUCGAUCUGUUACGAGGACAUUGUUCAGUUCUUCAAAGCAAAAGUCAAUGGAGUUUAUGUCCCAAAGGCGUAUGCGACGAUGA